AUGGCUGUGGAUUUUCUAAGUUAUGCAAGACUAAAAGAGCAAAUAGCCUUGCAAGAUCACCAACACCAUAACCAGAUGCUAGACUACACAGAAAUCUCUGAUUCAAAUGUUUCCAAGUUUAGAAAAUCCAUUUCUAUGCACAACCAGAUAGGCCAUGCCCGCUUCCGCCGCUCCGCCGCCGCCGCACCACUUCAAAAUCAACCUCAAUCUUCCGCCGUCCCUCCUCCUCCGCCGCCGCCUUCGACUUCUGGGUUCUAUCAAAAUCUUCUUUAUGGGUCUCCGGCGCCGCUGGUGACUCCUGAUUCUACGAAUCAUUGCAUGGUGGGUCCCACUCAUUUCAACGAGGGUUUUAACACAUCGCCGGAACUGUCGACGUCUGGGAAUACGUCGUCGUUGACUUUCGUUUCGUCGACCACAGGCGAAGGGAGCGUGUCCAACGGCAAGAGUGGGUCUCAACAAUCUACGUUCUUGAUUAAGGCGGCGCCGCCGCUUGCCUCCUCCGUGAAGCCUUCCGUCUCCGGGAAGAUAUGUCAUGAACAUGAACAAUCCGAUAAUGUAUCCGGCAAGACCUCCGGUACCGGCAGCUGCCACUGCAAAAAGAGAAAAUAUCGGCUGAAGAAUACAAUCAGAAUACCGGCAAUUAGCUUGAAUAGUGCCGAUACACCACAGGACGAGUAUUCAUGGAGAAAGUAUGGUCAAAAGCCGAUCAAGGGCUCUUCCUACCCACGGGGUUAUUAUAAAUGUAGUACAGUAAAAGGAUGCCCAGCAAGAAAACACGUGGAGAGGGCAAGUGAUGAUCCGACGAUGGUGAUCGUUACAUACGAGGGGGAGCACGGGCAUGUGCAAGGCGCAAUGCAUCAGAGCACUGCUCCAAUCAUUGAUGCUCGUUUUGACUCGAAGUAA